UGGAUCGUGUUUUGACUUGACAAAAACAAUGGAUCUCAGCGUGUGCCGUCUUAUCUGACAGAUGACUUGUACAAUCAGAUAUAGAUGAUACCAGACAAUCUGCAAGAAGUGCACGUUAUACGCAACAAGGGGACAUCCAAGCCUCAGCAUGAGUGCCCGACCACGCCCUGUUACCGCUACCGUGACUAAGCCAGAAUGGAUGAAGGCAGAGUACGCAUACCGUCCCUACAGCCACUCCCUGGAUUCCACAGGCUCUACUGAGUCGUUGAUCUCAUGUCUGGACCAUGACAGUUAUGAGAGCAGUGCCGAUGACGAACAGGAAAUCGUGGCCAAUCAAACACCUACUGCUGCUCCUUCAUGUAAACAGUCGAUGGUCACACCCGAGAAACAUGACAAGGGUACUGUCAAUGGCAGCUGGUGCAGGAAAAAAAUGUCGAGGAAGCUGGCGAGUAACGAGGUGGCAAGUGAUUCUCUACUGUCUCCGUGGGAAAAGUGGCUGGUAGAGAAAGCCCAGGAGGACAGACAGCUCAAACAGGAAGCACUGGCGAAGAAACGAGAGGAGAAAAGACAGCAAGAAAUCCAAGAGGAAGAGAAACAGGCAGCUUUGCUCAAAGCCAAGCUUAAACAAGAGGAAUGGCUGAGAAAGAAAAACUAUGAAAGUAAACUUAGAAUGAAACUUGAAAAGCAACGACUCGAUGCCAAGAAAGACAUAGAGGAGUCCAAGAAGAAACAAAUUGAAGAGAAGUCGGAGGAAAAGUUUAAAGAAUGGCAGCUGAAGAAGAGGCAAGAGGAGAGACUGAGGAAAAGAAUGGAAAAGGAGAAGAAGGAAGAAGAGGAGAGGAAACGAAGAGAGAGGAAAGAGAUGGCAGAUAAGAAGUUUGCGGAAUGGUGCAAACAGGCUGAGAAUCGCCCCAAGUCCUCCCAGAGCUGCCACGGGGACAGAGGGGGAGAUUAUCCAGCUCCGUCGUUCUACAAUCCCGUACCAUGGCAACCGAUUCCAACACCAAGGUACAAAGACGACCAGAAGAAACCCAAAUCUAAACCCAAGAAGAAGAAAUAUGUGUGGAAUCCCAACAAAUAUCUGUGACAGUACAUAUAUUGUACAUUAUUAUGUAUACAGUAAAUCACUUACAACUUCAUGGAAUUUUUUCACCGCCUAAUCACCCUGAUGUUUACUUAAUUGGUGAAAGAGCAAGUGAAAUUUAUAUGAACAGUAAAUCACCUAACUUUAUCGAUUUAUACUAACUAAUCACCCUUCAGAACUACAGUUUGUGCAGGAGGGGGAUUGGUUGGUGAAAAAAAUUUCAUGCUUUUACAGGGAAUUGCCUGUAUAUACUGUACGUGUAUCAAGAUAGAUAUGUAUAUUUUAUACAAUGUAAAUUCAUAUACAUGUGUCUUAACUUUAUCCGUCAUGGUUCUCAGGUUUUAUGCACUCAGGCAAGACUUAAAGGUGCAGAAAACAUAAAAAAUGACAUAAAGAUCAGAUGAAAGAGUGUGAAAAGUUAUUCCUAUAUGUGGUCUUCAAUAUUUUUUCCGAUUUUUCCUUAAGGAGAAAAAGACACUUGAAAAUAAAUUUUGUAUGGUGGGUAUUUGGGACCACCUUUUGGUAUUUAUAGUCUUUGUUUAAUUAUGUCAU